AUGGGGAAAAAAUGUACGCAAUCUGGCAUUACCAUUGAUACCGUCCCUGAAUGCAUCGUGAAUCUUAGUAUACUGACCGUGCUUACUCGAACAGGGCGAUAUGGUAUCAUUUUCGACGCGGGUUCCUCGGGAACGCGCCUAUACGUUUACAAAUGGAAGGACCAUGCCAAAGCGAUUAAGCAUGCCUCCAUCGACGAGCUCCAGAGCUUGCCAAAGAUCAAGCUACAGACAAGCAAAAAGACACACCCUGGCGUGUCAUCUUUUGCCGAGAAACCUGAAGAGAUUGGCCGCGAACACCUACAGUCUCUCAUCGAUAUAGCCCUCAAGGAAGUGCCCGAUAGUAAAGUCGCCGAUACGCCCGUUUACCUUAUGGCCACCGCCGGCAUGCGUCUUCUUCCUGAUCACCAACAAAAGGCCCUACUUCGGAACAUGUGCUCGUACCUCCAGCAGAACACGCGGUUCUCGCUGCCCGAUUGCAACACCAACAUUCAGGUUAUCUCUGGUGAGACGGAGGGUUUGUAUGGUUGGCUCGCCACCAACUACCUCCUUGGCGGAUUCGACCAUCCCGACAAGCACACGCAUGGCAAAGGCCACCACACAUAUGGCUUCUUGGACAUGGGAGGUGCUUCGGCGCAAAUCGCCUUCGCCCCGAAUAACACAGAGGCCGAGAAACACGCCAAUGAUCUCAAACUUGUCCGCCUACGUACCAUAGACGGCUCAACCGUCGAGCAUCGUGUUUUUACUGCCACUUGGCUCGGUUAUGGUGCGAAUCAGGCCCGCGAGCGUUAUGUCGAUAAGCUUAAGGAACAAUACGGGAGGCCCGACAGCCUAGAGCUUCCGGACCCAUGUCUCCCUGCUGGGCUGCGAACGACUCUCAAGGGCGAACCGGUCGUCAGAGAGUCGACGGGCAAGGAGUUGUCGCUCCUUGGUACUGGUCGAUUCGACGAAUGUCUCAGACAGACAGAGCCACUGCUUGGAAAGGACGCGCCAUGCGAAGACCAGCCCUGUUUGCUCAAUGGACAACACGUGCCAAACAUCGAUUUUGACGUGAACCAUUUCGUUGGCGUGUCCGAGUUCUGGCACACCACGCACGGUGUUUUCGGAAAGGGUCACAAGACAGCAUAUGACCUGGCAACGUACCAAAAAAACGUCGUGGACUUUUGCACACAGAACUGGUCGGAAAUCGAAACCAACAUCCAUGCCAGGAAGAAAUCUACUGCUCAGAAAGCCAAGAAUGCGCAAGAAGCUUGCUUCAAGGCUUCCUGGCUCAUCAAUGUUUUGUACGAAGGCAUUGGUAUUCCCAGACCUGGCCUUGAACACACCCCGAACCCUGGCCUGAACGUGACCAAAGGGACCAUGGAGGAUGCUAAGGAAAAGGGAUUUGUCGACCCAUUUCAGCCUGUGAACGAGAUUGAUGGCGUUGAAGUUAGCUGGACGUUGGGCAAGAUGGUGCUUUACGCAGCUGGCCAAGUCCCGCCCAAAGGAACGGCUCUCCCGGUCGGAUUUGGAAGCAAUGUCGCCGGCGCGACGGACUUUGAGCCGGCGGGGUCCAAAUUCUCACCCGUUACGAUCGAAAAUGACGACGAUGACGAUUGGGAUGAUGCUGCCGAUGAGCUCUUGGACAAGGCCAAGACGAAGUCGGGCUCUGGCCUUCUGGCCUUCAUCCUGAUCCUGGUAGUCUUUGCUUUUCUUUUGCGCAAGCGUGACCGCCGGUCUCGCUGGUUUGGUAGGGUUGCUUCUGCGGUACGAGGAACUAGGCGUCCAGGCAGUCCCAGGAAGUUCGGACGGGGAUUCUCCUUUACCAACAAGCUUUUCGGACGGCCAUCGGCGACUUACGAACGGGUUCUUGAGGAGGGUGAUGCGGACCAGUUCGAGUUAGGCUCUGUCGAUUCAGACGAGAACGAGCACUCCGACAGCAGUGAGGGCUCUAGGGCUGGCCGAUCCUCCGGACUUGCCACUCCGAAACUCAACAUUGAGCGAUUCGACGAUGUACGCCCGCCCUUUUCCAUGGACCGCGGCGGUUUGGCGGUGAGGACAGAGAGCCGAGAGAGGCUUGUACCAAGUGCGGUCAAUGCGGGCCGUCGCAGUCGUGCUGGUAGUCCGACACGGCUGAAGAGCCCGCUGAUGAAACCAUUGGGUGAGGACUGA